GUUUGUGUAAACCUUAUCCGAAAGACCGGUUACUUACUCUAUUUUCUGUUUAUUAUGGGUCAUUCGGGAGCUACUUUCACUAAAAUCUAUCACUACGAUGCCUUUGUUACCGCCGAUAAAUGUCUGCUAUCAGCGCCACUUCACAUCUUCCAAAGCUACAUGGGGCAACCUGUCUGCAGUUCGAUGGAUAUCGAAACUGUGCGAAAGGGCCAGACCUACUGCCCUUGGGCUAUACUGCGAGACAGUUUAAGUGUUUUGCCGAUAAUAUUGCCUACGUUGCUGGGUCUCACAUUAUCGCAGCUGCUCUGCCAUCGCUUGUCACAGCGUUCUCUGUGUCGUUUCCUUCUGGAAUUCCUUCUGAUCGCCCUGCCCACAGUCUGCAGCAAUACAGUGACUAGUUCCUAUAAUAAUCACUACUGCAUACUGGUUUCAACAUUGAUCGCUCUGCUGCUCCUGCGCUGUGGAACUUGGCGAGAAGCUGCAGCUACACACGUCUACGAGGUUGGCAAGAAGCCUCCGGCAAUAACCCUGCUAAGAGCAGCGUCUUACAUCUGCACUGGCUGCGUCAUCUUGGCUGUGGACUUCAGAGCCUUCCCCAUUGCGUGGCGCAAGAGUCGUGAGUAUGGCGCCGCCCUAAUGGACAUCGGCAUAGGAAUGUUCGUCAUGUCAAUGGGCGUGGUCUCGCAGCGUGCCCAGAACUUGGCUGACAUAAGGCGAGUGCUGAAGGUUGUCUUUCCCCUGUUGCUGCUUGGCUUGGCACGCACUGUGGUCAUCACGCUGAUCAACUACCAGCAGGACGAGCAUGAAUACGGCAAACAUUUGAAUGCGUUCUUUACGCUGGGCCUUACCAAGCUGUUGGCCAGCCUCUGCAGUCUGCUCGCACGCUCCGACAAGCAGCUGUUGCCGUUGUCACUGGCUAUUCUUGUGCUUCACGAGCUGCUCUUGCAGCAGGGUCUCUCAGCGUAUGUCAUGUCGCCAGGCAACCGCGAUAAUUUCUUGAGCGCUAAUCGCGAGGGUCUGAGCGCAUUGCCUGGCUGCACCUCGCUCUAUCUGCUCAGCGCCUGGGGCGGCAGGUGGUACAAGGCCAUGGACAAGCUUAACUAUGGGCAGUUCCUAAUCAAGCUGCGCAAAAUGCUGCUGGUAACAGCUGCGGCCUGGCUGUUGGUCUUCGCUAGCGUCUUUCCCUGCGGCAUAGCACGCGUCACCUUCAACGCGGGCUAUGUCCUUUGGCUGUUCGGCAUUGGCACGCUGCUGCUGCUGCUCUGCUCGUUUCUGUUCGAGCUCUGCCUGAUGUCGCCGACGGAGAAGCUGACGCCUUUGCCCACCCUAGUGGAAACUAUCAAUUUGAACGGCCUCACAUACUUCAUGAUCUGCAAUUUCCUAACGGGCCUCGUCAACUUAACGCUGAACCCGGGCGAGCGCAGCAGCGGCGAGUGCGUGGCCAUACUAAUGUUCUACAUGCUGCUCAGCAUGGGCAUGGUCUAUGUGCUGUUUCGCAAGGGCAUUCGCAUUGCCUAAGCUGCUGUGAUAAUUAUGACCAUAAUGAAGUUCUAUUUGUUUUUUAAGUAAUUUCUAAGCAGCAA